UCUCUGUUUGUACCUGGAAAGCGUAUUGCCAAUUUUGCCAAAUAUCUGCUCCUAUAACUGCUACCUCAAUUCUCAAACAUGGCCCAACGAAACGUUGUAAUUACAGGUUGUUCAUCAGGAAUUGGUUUAGAUACAGCCGUAUUUCUUGCCAAGAAUGAGAGUAAAAAGUAUAAAGUAUACGCUUGUAUGCGUAAUCUUGCAAAGAAAGGACCUUUGGUUGAAAAAGCUGGUGAUAGUCUUGACAAGACAUUAUUUAUCUUGGAGAUGGACGUGAAAAGUGAAACUUCAGUGAACAAAGCCAUUAAGCAUGUCUUAGAUGUUGAUGGAAGAGUCGAUGUUCUUAUCAACAAUGCUGGUAUUGGUUUAAUGGGUGCUUUGGAACAUCAGAGUAUGGAAACUAUAAGAAAUAUAUAUGAAACCAAUUACACUGGUGUGGUGCAUGGUAUCAGGGCAGUGUUACCCUCAAUGAAGAAAAGGAAAAGUGGUCGUAUAAUCACUGUUAGCUCUGUUGGUGGUUUAAUUGGUAUGCCAAUGAAUGCUGUUUACUGCUCCACCAAAUUUGCUGUUUGGGGUCUUAGUGAAGCCUUAGCUCCUGAAUUAAAUGAAUAUAACAUAAACAUAUCAUUGAUCGAGCCAGGUCCAGUAGUCACAGAAUUUUUAAAUGCUGUUGAUUCAAAAGGAUUUGGUGGUGCACAGGAAGGAGACGACAUUACAAAGUCCUUGAUUGAUAAGCUUGGUCAAAUGUUUAAAGCCAUUGCUGCAGUGUCUCAAAGUGGAGAGGAUAUUGCAAAAUAUAUCCUGCAAGCUAUGGAGGAUGAGUCUCCACAUUUUCAUUAUAUCACCAAUGAGUCUUAUGUAGAAAUGGCAAAGAAGAAAUUUAUUGAUGUAACUGGUGACAAAAUCGCUAAUUCAAGCUUCGAUGAUUUCUUUUCUGGCAAAUAGAAACAAUGAUAGCUUUUAAUGUGUGUAGUGAAUUAUAUUUUCACUGUUUUGUAUGAAUGAAAAGCUCAAUUAUACCCCUCUUAUUAGUAAAA